UGUAUGACUGAAACCUAUAUGUUAGGGCGGGCCGUUGUUGAUAUUGCUUCCCAGGUAAACUUGGUGCAUGUUGGGUGGACUUCCUAGAUGACUGCAUGUGAUGAAACUUGUCACUGGCAGGUGUGAACAGCAUUCUUUUCCCUUUUAUGUUCUUCUAUUCUUAAUACUUGUAUUCUUAGCAAAACCAUUGCAUACCCUCUUUUUAGAUGAUCUUGGCGCAAUCAUUUGUAGCAUGUCAGCCGACCGGCCACCGCAACGGGAUGGAUGUCUUAAGUUCGAGACCGCGGCCCACGUGACGGGACCCCGUCCAUCAGCGGCGAUCCCCCCUUGACCAUUCAUUCCCACAUCGCCAUGUACUGACUCUCAUUCUUAAUUCUCUCGGGCGCAUGGUCUCUCGUUCAUCGGAACUACUCACUAUCGUUAACGCUUCCCGAAGC